AUGUCUCCCCAAAAGCACGUCGUGUUCGACGUCGUCGGCACAUGUGUCUCCUUCGACGCCUUCUACGCCGGUAUCGACCGGGUCAUCGGCCAGAAACUCCUCUCCCACAAUAUAACCGCUCGUUCAUUCGGUUUCACCUGGAUGACAGCCGCAGAGCUCGAAUUCACAUUCCUCUCAAUUUCAGAGCGCUACAAACCCUACAAAGAGAUUCUUCAAGCCCUCUUCUUUCGAACCCUAUACAUGAUGGGCGUAGAGAACCCACGCGACUUCGCAACAGAAUCCGAGCGAGACGAGUGCGCACAAGCCUAUUCCGAGCUGGAGCUCCGACCUGGCACGAAAGAAUGUUUCGGCAAACUUAGAGAAGCCGGGUUUACUGUUUGGGCUUUGACUACUGGUGAUGCGAAGCGUGUACGGGGUUACUUUGAGCGUGCGGGAUUGGAUAUGCCUUUGGAGAAUUUUAUUAGUUGUGACUCGCAGGGCGUGGCUAAGCCGGCACUUGCGGCUUAUAGACCUGCUCUGGCGAGGUUUGCUGAGGAGGAUGAUAAGUGGUUUGCUGCGGCUCAUAUGUGGGAUGUUACGGCUGCGGUUAAGGUUGGAUUUCGUGGGGCUUAUUGCACUAUUUAUGAGAAGGAGUCUUGUGCGGAGAUUUUUGAUGCGGAGUUGGAAGUUACAGAGGAUACUUUACCUCUGAUGGCUGAGGGGAUUAUUGCUGCGUCAAAGUAA